AUGCGAGAUCCAGGCAGAGGCAGAGCCCGGUCCGCAUGGGUCCGCCCCGCUCCUCCCAGACUUCCCUCUCUCCCGCGGCCUGCUGCUGCUGAGUGCGAUGAACAGAAGAUGUCGGUGUCCGGGCUCAAGGCCGAAUUGAAGUUUUUGGAGUCAAUAUUCGACCCAAAUCACGAGAGAUUCAGAAUUAUAGAUUGGAAACCAGAUGAGCUCAGCUGCCAGUUCAACGUAACAGGAGAGAAGCUGCUGAUCAUUCACUGCAACAUCACGGAAUCCUACCCAUCUACACCGCCAAUAUGGUUUGUUGACUCCGAUGAUCCAAGCCUGGCUGAAGUGUUGGAGCGAUUAGAAGACGUUCGAAAAGGAAGCACAUUGCUUCUCCAGCAGCUAAAGCGGCUAAUAUGUGAUUUGUGUCGACUGUACAACCUGCCACAACAUCCAGAUGUGGAAAUGCUGGAUCAGCCGCUGCCGUCUGGUCCCAUCACACAGGAGCGAAAGCAUGGGCCACCCGACGAGGUGACGUCUGAGGAAGAGGAGGAGGAAGAAAUGGGAGAGCAGGACAUAGACCUGGACCAAGACCUGGACCAUUAUGACAUGAAAGAGGAGGAGCCCGUGGACGGGAAAAAGUCCGAAGACGACGGCAUUGAAAAAGAAAACCUAGCCAUUUUGGAAAAGAUCCGCAAGAACCAGAGACAAGAUCACUUAAAUGGCGCUGUGUCUGGUUCGGUGCAGGCGUCCGACCGCCUGAUGAAGGAGCUCAGGGAGAUUUACAGAUCACAAAGUUAUAAGACCGGUAUUUAUUCAGUUGAACUAGUAAAUGACAGCUUAUACGACUGGCAUGUCAAAUUAAGAACGGUAGAUCCAGAUAGUCCUUUACAUAGCGACUUGCAGGUCUUAAAGGAGAAGGAGGGAGUGGACUACAUUCUGCUAAAUUUUUCUUAUAAAGAUAAUUUUCCCUUCGAUCCACCUUUUGUACGGGUCGUCUCGCCUGUACUUUCUGGAGGAUAUGUCCUCGGAGGCGGGGCCCUUUGUAUGGAGCUUCUCACUAAACAGGGCUGGAGCAGUGCCUAUUCCAUAGAAUCUGUUAUCAUGCAAAUAAAUGCCACCCUGGUCAAAGGUAAAGCCCGGGUGCAGUUCGGAGCCAACAGGGUGAGUAACCAGUACAAUCUUGCCAGAGCACAACAGUCGUACAAAUCGCUGGUGCAGAUUCAUGAAAAGAACGGCUGGUACACACCGCCCAAAGAGGACGGAUAG